AUGGGCAAAAAGAAGGGAAAGAGCGGCUCCAAGGCACCCGCUGCUGCGGAGAGCAAUAGCCCAACUGCCCAGGCACAGGAUGCCGAAAGCCCGCCAGCCGUCGCUGCUGAAGCGUCAGACGCACCAUCCCCUGAACCCUCUAUGCUGGACGCAGCACCAAGCCUUGACUCCCGCCUGGAGGCUGUAAAAGAUUCGCCACAAAAAGUCAGCAGCCACUCUUUGGAAGUGGAUGACCUCCGGCGGGAGCUUGACGUUUGCAGGAAGCAGAUCGCUAAGCUACAGGCCCAGAACGCUGCUCUCGCCGAGGAGAAUCAGCGGCUGAAAUCAAGCCAAAGCUCGUCUGUUAUUGCCCAGGUUCCAGUUGUGUCUGCCGGGCCGGACUUUGAGGCGCUGACACAGCGAAUUGCGGCCGUAAGUACUGGUUGA